AUGGUGGAUAGAAAGCGAGCAAUAAGAGUAGAGGAUGAUGAAGAUGAAGAUGAGGAUGACGUUCCAUUGAAUAAAAAGACCAAGUUAGAGUCAAAUGAAACCACUACAGUGAUUAAAGAAGAAGGUGUGGAGGAUGGGGCUCAAGUCAAGACGGAAAAUGCAUCACCAGAAUUCAAAGUGGAGGAUGCAAACGAAGGUGAGGAGGGAUCAAAUGAAGAUGAUGCCGAGGGUGAUGAUGAUGACGAGGAUGAAGAGGAUGAAGAAGCAGAGGAAGAGCGGAAACGAAUUACCAACUUCAAUUUUGAUGGAGAAAUAUACACGUUUAAAGAGCGACCUUCAGUUAUAGAGGAAAAAGAAGGUAAAAUUGAAUUUAGGGUGGUCAACAACGACAACACCAAGGAAAGUCUAAUAGUUUUGACUGGUCUCAAAAAUAUUUUCCAAAAACAGUUGCCCAAAAUGCCACGUGAAUAUAUAUCGCGGUUGGUAUAUGAUCGCUCGCAUUUGUCGAUGGCUGUUGUACGAAAACCGCUAACUGUUGUUGGUGGGAUAACGUAUAGGCCGUUCAACAACAGGGAGUUUGCUGAGAUUGUGUUUUGUGCAAUUUCUUCGACGGAACAGGUACGUGGAUAUGGUGCUCAUUUGAUGAAUCAUUUGAAAGAUUAUGUUAGAGCAACUUCGCCAAUAAAGUAUUUUUUAACCUACGCAGAUAACUAUGCCAUUGGAUACUUCAAGAAGCAAGGUUUUACGAAAGAAAUUACGCUUGAUAAAUCUGUGUGGAUGGGGUAUAUAAAGGAUUACGAGGGAGGUACUUUAAUGCAGUGUUCGAUGCUCCCCUCUAUUCUAAGGUAUCUCGAUCUGGGAAAGAUACUUCUUCUACAGAAGGCUGCUAUUGAAAGGAAGAUCAGACUGCGGUCCAAAUCAAAUGUUGUGCGGCCAGGGCUCCAAAUCUUCAAAACGAAUAAAAACGUGACACUAGACUAUAAGGAUAUUCCUGGGUUAUCCGAAGCAGGGUGGCUGGAAGAGAUGGAUAAAUUGGCACAAAAACCGAAAAGAGGGCCUCAUUACAAUUUUAUGGUCACUCUUUUCUCAGAGAUGCAAAAUCACCCUUCGGCAUGGCCGUUUGCAGUACCUGUCAACAAGGAAGAAGUUCCUGACUACUACGAUGUCAUUAAAGAGCCCAUGGAUUUGUCUACUAUGGAACUGAAGUUGGAAAACGACAAGUACGAAUCGUUUGACCAAUUUUUGUACGAUUCCAGGUUGAUUUUCAAAAACUGUCGAUCUUAUAAUAGCGAGUCCACCACCUAUUUCAAGAAUGCCAACAAAUUGGAAAAGUUUAUGAACAACAAGAUAAAGGAUAGCACUGAGUAUUCCCAUUUCCUAGAGUAA